AAAAAAACCCCAGCCAUACCUACCGAUAUAUUUCGUGUGCUUAAUAUACCCCAAAACGAUUAUGAAAUACCUGAUAAAAUAUCUACUAAUAGAUAUGUCCCAUAUGGUCAAUAUAAAGGAAAAACAUAUAUAUAUGUUGAAGGAG